GAGACUCGAGGUGAAUUUUUACCGAACUCAUAAUAAAUUAUAAAAUCAUGGCCGGAAGUAUACAAAUAGAUUAGGCUAUAUACCUAUACUGUAUAAUAAAAUACUAGAUUAAUUUUUGUUUUGUCUGGUAGCCUCAUACUCUGAAUUAGAUACGAAGCCUGUGUAGAUUCUAAGAUUUGUUGUUGAUUUGAAGAAUUUACAACAAUGAGACCAGGGGUUACAACAAAGAGGAAGCUUGAAACUGACCAAGACCCAGAUUAUGAAGAUGCCCCUACCAUUUCCCCAAGCAAGAAACCCAGAACAAAGGAGGAAGAUGCUGCACGGGAAAUGACUGUUAAGAAGAUAGAAGCAAUAAUUAAAAAGAAGUUUGCAAUUGAAGGAAAGCAGAGGGAAAAAGAGAUUGAACUAAUAGAUGAAAGAAUCCACCAAGUUCGAGUGAUGCUAGAUAAACUACGAGCUUGUGUUGUGGCGAGUUACUAUGGCAACAUUAAAAGUAAUUCACACUCUGAGAAAACUAAGCCAUCAAAAGUUGAUGUGAAUCAUCCAGCCAUUAGGAGAGUCAUGAAACAACAAAAAGCUGCACUGUCAUCACAGCAGAUUGACAACGAUAAAAAGACAGCCAAUGAGAAAGAACGAUGCACACCCGAUUCGGAAAUAUUGAGCCAAGUCGAAGACAAAAACAAUGAGAUGACCGUUGAUGAGCCAACACAAGACUCGGAAAAGUUGGAGGACCCAGGAAACACAAGCCGGGUACCCCCUCAACGUGAAGGCUUUCGUUACGAUGUUAGAAAGAGAAUCAUUGUUGGUAACGUGUCAAAGUAUAUAUCUGCUGACCAGAGAGAGGAGAGUGACCCGUCCACUCAUAAGUGGAUGGUGUAUGUUAGGGGACCGUCCAAUGAGCCCAGCAUUGAUCAUUUUGUCAAAAAAGUUUGGUUUUUCUUGCACCCAAGUUACAGACCGAAUGAUCUUGUAGAAGUCAAGGAGCCACCCUUUCAUCUUACUCGUCGGGGGUGGGGCGAAUUUCCCAUUCGUAUUCAGCUUCACUUUGUAGAUCCUCGCAAUAAGAAGGUUGACAUUAUUCACCAAAUCAAGCUUGAUCGUACAUACACUGGUUUACAAACUCUUGGAGCCGAGACGAUUGUUGAUGUUGAACUCGAUAGAUAUCUAACUGAUAAUAAUGGAUUUAAUGACUUUCCAAGACCUGCUUCUCCAGCAAUAACAAAUGUCAACUACAGAGAAGGAAGCAAACCUCAGAUUUCAAGUUUAAGUAUCUCUGGGUCCAGUACUUCCAGUCCAAGUACUGCCACAACCCCAAUGCGUCAGAGGUCUGUCAGUCAUCCUAUUAGUCCUAAAGUUUCAAAAGCAAGAAAAGAAGCGCUUGAUAAAAUGGUUGACACUCUUAAUACUGAAAUUUAUUUAGAAUCGUCAAUGAAGUCAAUUGGUAGUUUUAUAAUGUCUGAUCCAGCACCGACGACUCCUAAACAAGAGAAGGAAUUUCUUAGUAACAGUGGAACAUUUGCUGCUGUCAUUCCUGAAAGGAAAAAAGACAUUUUAAUUGUCCCGAUGGAAACAGAUUCUUCAAACUCAACCAUGGGAGUAUCCUCUGAAGAUUCCAAAUAUUUGAGCUCUUCCCACUCUACCUCAACUACAAGGACGAUGCCACCUCUUGGACCUAUCACCAGCGGAUUAAGAAUGUCACAAUCAUCAGGGAUACGACUGGAAAAGGUUGCAGAAAAGUGUGAAACUCAUAAUUUAGGGACAAAGGUUUCUGAGGAAUUACAAGAUGCUCCUGAUGGAGCUGUGAAUGUAGCAGAUAUGGCAUCUGAGACUUCCCCUGGGAAGAUGGCAAUCAGAAUUCGACAUGGAAAGGUUGUGCCAAGUAGUGAAGAGGAAAGUAAAGAGGAAAUGGAUGCAAAGAUUUCACCGCCUCCUACUGAUUCUUCUCCAACCACAUCCACUGCAAAGACAAUAGUUACAGCUGCUAGUGUGCAAGUGGGUAAACAGAUUGCAAUAUCUUCAACGCCAUCUGGUACAUCAUCUCAACUUCCAUCUACCUCCACCGCAGCACAGAUCCUAUCUGAGAUUGCAACCUCAGAGCCAAAAUUAGUUACUACAGAAAAACCUACUAUAGUGACAGCAGUCAAGAAAGUUCAGGGAACAUCUCAAAGCAAGAAAAGUGGUUCUCAAGUUGCUAUUCCACAGCCACCACCUGGAACCCAGUAUUACAUCACUGCGACAUCUUCAGAUCCUAAUCUCCAAGGCAAGGUGAUACUUAUACCACAGCAGGUGUUUUCCCAAGCAUCUACACAACAGAAAACUACUGUCGGUAAAGUAACAAGUCGCUCCCCAGCUAACAAGACCCCUCAAACUGCCCUUGCAAAGCCUGGAGCAACUGGGAAAAAGGCAACUGGUGCAGCUACUAAAGGACCCUUCCUCUCUCCUAGUAAUGUGUUAAUACUGCCACAAGGAUCUAUUGUUCCUCCUUUGCCAUCUGGAAGCAUUGUCCAAAUUCAACAGGUCCCAACACAAGCAAAUAAAGCAACUCUUGUUCGUGGAAAAAGUCCAUCUAUUCCCACAAAAGGGGUGAGUCCUUCUAAACAACAAGCACCUAAACUUCAAACGGUGCAUCGUAGUAUGACUCCUACCACUGGACUCAUACAAGUCCAAAGAACUCCUAAAACAGGUGCUAUACAUGGCCAGGCUGUUACAAAGCAAGCAAGCCAAGGAGUAAGCUUACUCCCAGAUCAAAAAGGGCAACUUGUUCGAACUCAGUCUGGCGGUGUAGUUCUGAUGCAGAGAAGCUCUGGUUCACGUCAACAGGGAACCAGUGGAAUGACACAGGUAAAAAUAGCUCACCAUAUCCCAAUCCUAACCCAGAAAGUUUCUUCAGCGGUGCUUCCAUCAGCUACAUCAACAAAGACAAUGGUUACUGUUGGACAGUCAGUGCUACCCUCAACUGGACAGAGCAUCGUCAUUGCAACACCUAAAUCUUUAAGCACUUUGAGCCAAGCUGAUACUCAGGUUACAAAGGUCAUAUCAACUAAAGGUGUUUCCCUCAUAACAGGUCAAAUUGGAGUUGUGAAAGAGAGCGGAGUAAUCAGAUCAUCUCUUCCAACAGCAAAGAAAAUUCAAGAAACAGGAAACGUAGUGAAAGUUCAAGGCUUGACUAUACUUGGUGGAAAAUCUUGCCUAUCUUCAAUAAGUGGCUUAUCUACUGGCAAAGAAAUUCUGAAACCUGGAAACUCAGUUGAGAGCAUUGUUAAAAAUCCACCAGCCUUAGCAACAGGUUCAGAACUUAUUGCUGCGAUUCCUCCAAGCACUGGUACAGCCCCCUCCAAGAAAGAUUCUCUGCCCUUCACCUCCAUUGGAGUGAGCUCAAACAUGAACACAAGUGGAAUAAAACAAGAUUUCCUUAAGAAGUUCAUUAUUACACCUGUUAAACAAGAAACAAAACCCUCAGCACAGCAAGUUGUGCACCAUGUUAUGGGUCAUCAGAGUCAAGGCCAAAGCACAACAGUCCUAAGUGAGCCUAAGUUUGGUGUUCGCACAGAAAAGUCUGUAGAAGUACCUCCUAAGAAGGGUAUUGACCUCAAGGAAGUUUCAUCUAUGGAGAAUCUUGUAAAGGCUGUUGUUAAAAGAAUACCAAUGAUAAACAAAAUCAGUGACCCAACAAUCUUUCCAUUUUGUGCAACAUCUGUUGAACAGUUUCAUUCCUGGCACAUCAUCAAAAGGAAGGCGUGUGAAUGGCAGAGGGCGGUUGCAAUCAAAGAGAAUGUCAAGAAGCUGAUUUCUGAUUCAAAAGAGUGUACCUUCAAUCUGACAGAUGUUUGGACAACAAAAAGGAUUAUGGUGUGGUGUCGAAAUCAUGGUUACAUGCCAUAUGUUAAAGAUAAGACAUCUGCAAUAGAAUGGUGUGAUAUUUGUGGAGAGGUGAAGAAAGUUAUUAGCGAUGAAGGCAAAGAUGAGACAGAGGAGCAUAGCACACAGAAGUGCAAAGAAAGGUGGCUGUCAGAACUUGGGUAUUUGAAAUCAACUUCAUAUUCGUCACCAGAUGAGUUACGAAGCAAGAUAGAAAGUAAACAAGAGGAAUCCAAGAAUGGGUUCCAGGACAGUGAUGAUCUGGAAAUUGAUGUCAUCUCUGUAAAGAGCCCAUCGCAUGUCAUAAUAAAAAGUGAGCCCUCCGUAGAACCUCUGAAACCAAAGGUUUAUAUGCCACCUAGUGAGGGCGCCAUAUUGAUAGAAGAAAUGUGUCAACAGAUUGGGAUCAAACUGAAACAAGUUGAGGCUUCUGAAGACGUGUUCAUUCCUGCUACACAAGAAAUGAUCUUUAAUGCUGCUAAGCAGUUCAUGAGUGACUUGGUGAGGGACUCUCUUGCUGAAGCUUAUAAGUGUCGCAGUGACUGCAGACCACCUCAAGAAAUCCUGCCUAACGAUGUCUACAGGGCGGUGACAUCAUCACCAAGCUUUGAAUUGUUGACCAAUAAGCACCUGGGAGUACAGACAAGAAGUGGGAAUCUAGUCAAGGAAGAGGAGGAGGAUGAAUAAUGGAAAUAAACUGAUUAAGGAUAUUAAAUACAGGGUUCCCAAGCUGGGAGAAGCUUGCCUUCUAAUCCCAGGGUCCUAGGUUCAAUUUCUGUGACAGCCGGACUUUUGUCACGACUAAAUACAGCUCCACUCCCUAAGCCUCAUAAAGAGACUUCCAUGAAAAAAGCAUCACAUUACAGAAUUUAAUUUAUUUAAGAGGGCCCCUGAAUAUCAGCCUACCUUCUAGGAUAUGCUGGAAGAGUAACAAUCUAUAAACAAAAAAAGAAAAGAAAAUCAGUGAGGCCUGAUUUAGUAAGCUUUUUUAACACAUCUUAUUGUAUUUUGCUGCAUCUGAUGAUACUCAUGGCCAGCUAGCUUCAGGGAGACAGUCAUACAGUAGUGAAAGCUUGCAAAUAUUCUGAAUUUGGAGGUGGGUUAGAUUCUGAGAGGUUUUGGCUUGCUUGUUUAUGCGAAGGAGACAGAAUAAUAGGCGAUUCCAAUUUGUAUACACAAUGUUUAAUAAGGGUGAAACAUUUGGCAAGUGAUCAUUUUCAUUUCAUUUCUUUAGGCACGAGCGCCAAGGACAUUAUCAUUAUCCUACGUGGCAUAUCCAUUAAACAACAGGGGGAAUGAAUGGACCAGUACUCCGGGGUAACCUCCUACUCUUCUCGAAGGAUUUACUGGGUUCUUUAAAGUGCACACGAGUGUGUACACUAAUGCGUAAACUGGGCCUAUGGUUUAAAGUCCUUAUCCGAGAAGACUUGUUCCACCACCGGAACCAUAGGCGAGUGAGCCGUUCGAACCAGCGCCGAUAUUAUAGUUGAAGGUUAUGGUGCCUUGACUUAGCCGCUUAGCCAAUCAUGUGUCCUGUACCAGGAUUGAACCAAAACCCUAGAAGGUGGGCACCUUAACCAUGUCACAUGCUCGAUUCCACUUUCUAGAGGGAAAAAAUGAUGAACCUUAAAAUCCAAGUUGAAAUUAGUGAAGGCUUUUUAAAAUAGAUUUGAAUAUUUACAUGAGAUAUGUCUGAAAUCUUGGUUGUGAAAUAAGAAAAUAAUGAACGUUAUUUCUGGUUUGAACAACUGGGAUCGCUAAUGUGAUAUUUUGCUGUCUUUCAACAACAGUAAUUAAAGAGUGCAACAACCUAUUUAUUCUUUGUAUUUCAACAGUUUUUGCCAAAAAGUAAAUCCAAUUUCAAUAAAAAUAAUCACUACAGGUAGAUCAAAUAAUA